UAUUACUUACUUGCUUCAGUACAGAAGAAGAAGAGGGGAAACUGCGAUAUUUUCACCCGUAAGAAUACCAAUCGUCUCCGUCACCGUUACCGUCUCUCUCCGUCAAAUCUUGAAUCGAUUUUAGUUUCCAAUAAUGGCAAAAAGUUGGAUUGUUGACGGUAGAGGUAUAGCAAGAAAGGUCAAAACGUCUAGUCUUCCUUUGGUACAUCAACUUAAGGACUGCGGUGCAAACCGAGAAUGCCCCCAAUGUCAUUACAAGAUCGACAAUAGUGACGUGGCGGUAGAGUGGCCCGGGCUUCCCGCAGGUGUGAAAUUCGAACCGACCGAUGUCGAGCUCUUAGAACAUUUGGCGGCCAAAUGUGGGGUCGGGAAUGUAAUGCCGCACCAGUUUAUUGAUGAAUUCAUCCCGACGCUUGAUGUAGAUGAAGGAAUAUGCUACAAACACCCUGAAAAUCUUCCUGGUGCUAGAAAAGACGGAAACAGUGCUUAUUUCUUUUACAGGACCACAAAUGCAUACACAACUGGUCAAAGAAAACGUCGCAAGAUCUGCCAAGAAUCUAACUCGGCCAAAGACGUUCGUUGGCACAAGACCGGCAAGACAAAAGCCGUUAUGCAAAACGGAGUUCAAAUAGGGUGCAAGAAGAUAAUGGUCCUUUACGGGGCCGCUAGCGGGGGUUCAAAACCUAGUAAAUUGAACUGGGUCAUGCAUCAAUAUCAUUUAGGAACCGUUGAAGAUGAAAAAGAGGGUGAAUAUGUGGUUGCAAAGGUAUUCUAUCAGCAACAGAAAGAGGUUGAGAAAGUGGAUAGUGUUGUGAUCGAAAAAAUAGAUGCGUUGAUGAGCUCAACAAGUCCGAGAACUCCGAAAACUGACGCUCCGGAUCCACGUAGGUUGGGAAAAUCCGUUUCUCCUGAUGAUGUCACCACUGAUAAUGUUCAACAGGAGUCUGGGUGGUGCGUUGAGCAGAAGUCCUUUCCGUCAUCUUCUAAUGUUGAAAAUAAGGAUAAUAUGGAGUUACCCGUAUGGGAAGAUGAUUCACAAGCGGUUGAUUUAAAUGCAUUUGAUGACUCGUUGUUCUGCAAUGAGAAUCUUGAUACUAAUGAGCCUGUUGGUGACUCAAGGCUGAAUAAUGGACGUAAAUCUGGAUUUAAUGUUAAUGCUGACGGUGCACCGGGUACCAGUAGGGGUGCAAGUACCGGAGUUGAUGAUCUUGAGAAUCUGGACUUUAGUAGUCUACCGGAUUUUAACCUUGCUGACUUGCAGUUUUCAUCACAAGACAGCAUAUUUGGGUGGUUAGAGCGGUUGUAAAGAAUGAAAUUUGAUUGGUCAUCGUGGGAUAUUUCUGUCGCGCCUGGUUAUUUAUGUUUCAAAUCCCUAAAAGUAACUGAAGGUAUGCUAUGACGAUGCUAUGGAGUUAUGGUUUUUAAAUAGCUUUGUUUGAAACUGAUACUAAUAAGCAAAGCAUCGAUGAUCUCCGAUUUUGCUAUAUGUUGUUCAUGGCCUUUAAAAGUUUAAAAUAUUGUGUAUUGUAUAGAGCAAAUAUGUAAUGGUAUCUAGUAACUCUAAUGGUUUAAUGGUGUUUGUCAUGUGGGCAUCUUUAACUUAAUGUAAAGUACUUUUGUGAA